UACUCACUAAAUACUCACAUAUUAUUCCAUGGAACUGCUAAAAACUACAAUAAACAGUCAAUUUAACACUCAAUACACCAUAAUAUGCGAAAAAGUUCAAUAAAAACUCGCGAUUAAACUUAGAAAACGAUUUUUGAAAAGCCCAAGUGUCUACAGGCGUCCGCCAUAAUGUUUCCUUCGAAACGAAUAAUAUAGUUCUUAUUGCUCUUGUAGCAAGCAAUCGCUCUAUUCGCUAUUCAAAAUGGCGACCGUGUUGCGUUCUCGGUGCGCGUUUGUACGUUUUUUGGUUGAAAAAACCGGGCGGAUCCUGAACAACUCAACAGAUUUUGGAACUAAAUUACCUCGGGAGUCAAUAUCGGUAUGUGCCGCCAGGACCUAUUCUAACUAUGCUGAUUCGCCGUUUGUCAGAAAAGUCACAGAACAAUAUGAGUUUGACAUCACAAAAGAUCCCGCUGAUUGGAAAUUUGUCGAAAGACUGCUACCGUUAGAAAGCAUUCCCCAAUUUACGCCAAAAGAAAAGUAUCCUUCCGGUUGGAUUCCACCCAAAGAAGAAGCAAAAAACCUUCCAUAUUUCAUAGCACGCACUAAAAACCACGAGGUGCCUAUUUAUCUAAAUCGGUCUUAUAGAGGACAAAGACAGAUAUCGAAGAUAAAACACAUUGAAGGUGAUAUAUGGGCUAUGAAUGACGAAAUCAAGGCCUACCUAAAAAAUACACAUAAACGUUAUGUAGAAACUAGAGUACAUGAGUUAGGUAAAUUUAUUGAAGUUAAAGGCGAUUUUGUUACUUCUCUGCAUAAUUGGGCCUAUUCCAAAGGUUAUUAAGUCCUACCUCAUAAAAGAAAAUGUAGUAAAAUAAACGAUUUUUGAAAUUAGUA